AUGAGCCUGACCAACCCGCCGUCAGUCGCCUCUGGCCCCAGCUCGGUACGGACGGGCACGCUUAAGAGAAGCGUCCAGGCUGCGUUUGAAGGUGAGUUUUGA